GGUAAGAGCACCAGAGGAAAACCCAGAAGAUGCUCCUUCUCCUGCUCAGCUGUCUCCUGCCUGCCACCAAUGGGAAGAACUGCCUCCAAUGCUGGCAAGAGCUGCCUGCACUAAUAGAUUAUGACCUGCAGAUUCUUUGGGGCACCCCAGGGCCACCUGCAGAGCUCUCCCAAAGCCUCCAUUCCCUAUUCAUGAACAAUCAUUCUUCUCCUGAAAACUCAUACCUUGGUCAAGACCAUUUGGAGGAAGCAGCAGGAACAUUAUUCACUCACAUAGAUAAAGCCAUUAAGAAGCUUCGAGAUGAUAAACCAUCACUUCUGGAAGAGGUUCGUGUCCUGAAGCAGCAAUUUUCCAAGGAGCUGGAGGAUAUAUCUGAGGGGCUAAAGGACAAGGGUGAGAGGUGGGGCUGGCCCCUGCUCAUCACCCAGCCCGUCACUUCCCAGAGACCUGCCUGCAAUGAGUCCUGUGACAUCCGCUCCACAUUGGAGGUAAUCAGUUGCACCACGUGCCAGAAACACUUCCUUACCUGCCAAGACCCUGCUCUCUGCCCAGCAUGGACUGGGAAGAACUUCCGGUGGGCUAUGGGCAUCGGCAUCGCUCUGCCCCUGGUGACCCUAGCUGGAGGUGGAUGUUACAUUUUCUGGCUCGAGAAGAAGAAAAAGAAGAAGGACAAGGAGGCACAAAAGGAAACCCUCCCUGGGUACCCUAGACCACAGAGGACUCCAGCUACACACAGCCUUCCUCAGCCCCUUUCUGCUCCAGCACCUGUCACCACUGAAAAGAGAGAAAUGGAAAGGAUGCCACAGUCAUCAGCAAUUGAAGCCACCACUAAUGGUGAGCAGCUUCCAGCAUGGCAACAGCAUGAACCUGAGUCCUCUCAUCAGUUUCUGCAGUUCCAUCCCCCCUUCACCCUGAUUUUCUGAGGAAACAGAGCCAGUUUUCAGCAGGAUGCUGUAUGAGAUGCUGGCUCCUCCCUCCAGCUCAGCUCCUGGGCUCCUAUUAACCUGGUUCUGCUACACUUGACCACCCUGCAGGUGGUUUCCUGGAGAGAGCUAGUCUCUCCACCCUCACUCCACACCUGUCUUAGCUCACUUCCUCUUCCUGUCCAGGCCUCCAAAAUACAAUAACACACUUGAGUUGUCCACCAUACAGCCUCACUCAAGAUGAACUUUGGCUCACAGUACCUGUGUAUGAGUUUGCCUUCUUCCCUUAGUCAGCUCGGGUGACUACAAUAAA